GUCACCAGCCAGCCCACUACACUCUGUGCUAAAAGUAAAAUCCAGACACAGGGCAAGUAUGGAGUCUUCGCUCAGGUCACCAAUGAAACUUGUACUUUGGACAGCAUGGCUCUCCAGUGUGAUGGACCCAUGCCGUCUCUCUGACAUUUGUGAUUCUUGUCACAAAGAUGCAAUAUGCAAGACUCUGAAUGGAUCAAACAAUGCCUGCUUCUGUAACCGUGGAUAUACUGGAGAUGGAACAACAUUUUGCAAUGAUGACAAUGAGUGCCAGAAUGUGACUAAUAUCUGCGGGGAAAGGGGGAUAUGCACCAACACAGCAGGCAGCUACUACUGUGCAUGUGUCUCUGGAUACACAUCAGGAGAGGACACGUUCCUGCCCAACGAAGGCACCGAAUGCCACGAUAUUGAUGAAUGCUUGACAGGACAAGUCUGUGGACCAAACUCCUACUGCCACAACACCAACGGAUCUUUCUCUUGCACCUGUCAGCGCGAUUACAUCCCGACUACAGGUGCUAAGCACUUUCACCCAGAGACGGGAGCAAGAUGUAAAGAGCAUCCCCAGAAGUACUGUCAUGAUGACGCUGGAUGCAUCACGGCGACUGUUAACAAAACACUCGAACAUAUGAGCAACCUCACGGAGCCCCAGAGUCUUCUGAAGGAAAUUGCCGAGCAGACAUCUGGUGACCUCACCUCGGUGGAAGUGAUUACAUAUGUUGAGGCCCUGUGUCGCUCUGCAUCAACGCUGGCUGCGGGAGAAAAGGAUUACAUUGUCAAACCAGAAGUCAUCAACUCAACUCUUUCAACAUUCGUGAAAGCGGUAAACAACUUGGUGGAGAGAGAUGAACUUGUGUCUUGGAGCAGAAUGAAAGAAGAGCAGAGGGAACAUGCCAUCACCAAGCUGCUCCACACUGUUGAAGAGAGUGUGCUGACACUGGCCAACAACUACAAAACUCCAACUGAGCUUGAAAUCAAAGCUAGUGAAAUGGAACUAAAACUCUUCACCUUCGAUGCUCAUCACACAAAAACCAAACUCUCAGCCUCUAUGGGAGGAGAUCACAUCAGUCUGACUCCAAAACUGAGACCAGACGGGGACAAGAAUGGAAGUGUGUCAGUGGUGUUUGUGCACUACGGCGGCAUCGGUGACAUCCUGAAGCCGAGCGACGACCCCGGAGUCACCGACUACUCGCGGUAUUCAGGAACAGGGGAAAUCACUGUCAACUCCCAAGUCAUUGCAGCGGCCAUCAAACCUGCUGACGUUUACCAACUUGACCACGUCACCUUCACUCUGAGGCACAAUGAGCUCAUAGACACUAAAGCUGAUGUGACGAAGUGCGCCUUCUGGGAGUACGAGGCGGACAGCCUGCAGGGCCACUGGGCCACUCACGGCUGCAAGACCAUCCACGUCAACAGCAAUUCAACCACCUGCUCCUGCAGUCACCUUACACACUUCGCCCUCCUUAUGUCCUCUGGGCGAGCCAAUCUGGUGGCCCACUAUACCAUCCUGACCCGGAUAACCCAGCUGGGGAUGAUCAUCUCCCUCAUCUGUCUGUCCAUGUGCAUCUUCACCUUCUGGUUCUUCAGCGAGAUCCAGAGCACGAGAACCACCAUCCACAAGAACCUGUGCUGCAGCCUCUUCAUGGCAGAGUUUAUCUUCCUGGUGGGGAUCAACAUGAACACACAUAAGCUUUUCUGCUCUGUUAUUGCAGGCCUGCUGCACUAUUUCUUCCUCGCCGCCUUCGCCUGGAUGUGUAUCGAGGGCAUCCAUCUGUACUUGAUAGUGGUCGGCGUCAUCUACAACAAAGGCUUCCUUCAUCGUAACUUUUACAUCUUCGGCUAUGGAAGCCCGGCAGUGGUGGUGGUCAUCUCAGUAACAUUAGGUUCCAAGUAUUAUGGCACUGAUAAAGUGUGUUGGCUGAGCACAGAAAAUAAUUUCAUAUGGAGUUUCAUCGGACCGGCUUGCUUGAUCAUUCUGGUUAAUCUCUUGGCUUUUGGAGUAAUCAUGUACAAAGUGUACCGGCAUACUGCUGUGAAAAAACCUGAAGUCAGCCACUAUGAAAACAUCAGGUCCUGCGCUCGCGGUGCUUUGGCCUUGCUGUUUGUGUUGGGAGCCACCUGGACCUUUGGAGUGCUGCACAUCCUCCACGAGACCACACUCACCGCUUAUCUGUUCACCAUCACCAACGCCUUCCAGGGAAUGUUCAUCUUCAUCUUCCUCUGCGUGCUGUCCAGAAAGAUUCAAGAGGAGUACUACAGGCUUUUUAAAAAUGUGCCAUGUUGCUUUGAGUGCCUGAGAUGAACAACGCAAUGCGACGCAACCAAAGCCUGAACAUCUGCACUUGUACAAUAAUAGUCAACAUUAGUAGCUUUGCAGUAUCCUGUGACUCAUGCUUUGGUUUUCUGGAAAUGCUGUGGGAGGAUUUGUUUUUGUACAGAUGUCCAUAAAACAAGGACGUGUAGUAGCACUAACAAUUUCUAAAAUGUUUCUGUUUCUUAAAUAGAUUAAUAAACAAAUAAUAAAAAGACCCGCGUCCUCUCCAAAUUGUGUUUUGUAAAAUGGAAAAGUUUCACAGAUGACAAUGUUCUUCUUGAGGAUUAUACCGGGAUCAAAAUACAUAUAUAUAUAUUUUUUUUAAUUUAAUUAUCAAAUUGGACCUAAAAUAACAGGCGUUCUGCUCUUUAUUACUUUUUCGUGUUUGAAAUUGAUUUGUAAUUUAUUAAACUAGACGUGACGCAGAGACACGUCUCUUCUUUCAUGUGCCAAAUCAAUGGUGUUGUUUAAUGCAUUGUUUCACGCUGCCUUCCUGAACUGCUAUGUGUACAAUAAAUUAAAUAUGUUAAAAAUG